CCCCUGGUAUAAAAGAGGUGAGUUCAACAUGUCUGAGCUUUAUCCUAAUCCAACAGCUGUGCCACCUGCUUUGGAGUACCUUACACAAAUUGACCAGAUAUUAGUCCAUCAAAAGAUUGAGCUCCUUGAAGGAAUUAUUGGCUUUGAGACUAAUAACCAGCAUGAGAUUAAGAACAGCAUGGGUCAAAAGAUCUUCCAUGCUAAAGAAAACACUGACUGCUGCACACGGAAUAUAUGUGGCCCUGUGAGGAGUUUUGAGCUGGAGAUAAAAGAUAACUUUGAUCAGGAAGUGAUUCACUUAAUCCGGCCUUACCGCUGCACAUCGUGCUGUUUCCCCUGCUGUCUCCAAAAGAUGGAGGUACAGGCUCCACCAGGGAAUGCUAUAGGUUACAUCAAGCAAGACUGGCACAUGUUUAAGCCCAAGUUCUCCCUCUAUGACAUGUCUAAAACAAAGGUGCUGUCCAUCGAAGGGCCUUGUUGUGCCAUCAGCUGCUGUGGGGAUGUGAAUUUUGAUGUUACCAGUAAGGAUGGGCAUUCUGUAGGUCGUAUCAGUAAACAGUGGAGUGACUUGAUCAAAGAAUCUCAGGAUAAUUCAUCCAUCAAAGAUAAUUAUGGUGUUAACUUUCCCAUGGACUUGGAUGUGAGGAUGAAAGCAGUUCUGCUGGGAGCAUGUUUCCUUAUAGACUUCAUAUUCUUUGAGCAGACCGGUAACUCUGGACAUCAAUGGGGUGAAGUUGUCAUGAACAGCCUACCGCUUGCUUAA